AGCUGGUCUGGGGACGGUAGGGAGCCAGGGGGCUGCGAAUUCGGAGCCAGGCCAUAGGUAAGCCAGUCCCCAGGUUUCUGUUUACCGCAGCGUUCUAGGAGUUGCUCAUUCUGGGAAUCUCUCAGUCCCUGCCCACACUCGAAAACCAGCAAAACUCCCCCUGGGCUCCCCGCCUUGUCCUGGCGUCUGGAUGGCUCCCCACUCCAAGGCCUGACAGGAGUAUCCCUCUGCCUCAGCUCUCACCGCGUCGUUGUGGAGCACUUCAUGAACUGUGCCAUCACCACACUGGCCAAGGACACACCGCUGGAGGAGGUGGCCAAGGUCGUGACCUCCACAGACAGUGCCGAGUACCCCCUGGUGGAGAGCACAGAGUCUCAGAUCCUGGUGGGCAUCGUGCAAAGAGCCCACUUGGUGCAGGCCCUCCAGGUUGAGCCACCUUCCUGGGCUCCAGGACACCAGUGUCUCCAGGACAUCUUGGCUGGGGGCUGCCCCAUGGAGCCAGUGACCUUGCAGCUGUCCCCGGAGACCUCCCUGCACCAGGUAACGGGGAGAAUUUGGGCACGGGGCAGACAAGGACCCUGGGGUAGAGGGGAAGAGCCGAGAGGGAAAGUUCGGCUCUGGCUUCCCUGACACACAGUGUGGCCCUCUGUUCCUCCUGGGUCCGCUUCCUCAUCUGCAAAACGGACACAGCAGCUCCUGCCCCCUCUGAGCCUCACUCCCAGGGUUGUUGAGACGAUGCAGAGACUAGAGAAGUAAGAGGG